AUGGCAUCCCAAUCGUCCUCGCCCAAAGAUGCCCGCAGCUUCCGUGAGCAUCUGCCGGAUCUCACUAUCCCCCGCUUUACAACCAUGCAGAAGCAAGAUGUGUACGAAUACGCCAAAGCGUUCAAAGAGAACAAGCAACCACCAUGGCUACAUGCUCUUUACUGCCACUGGUUGAAGUUAUUCAAUGAGCCUUUCAAGGGGGUCACCAAUGACGGCAAUGUUCGGCAUGAACUCUUUGGCCUACAGGACGAUGGCAUUCCAAUCAAGGAUAUCGUCCAUGCCACGAACGGGCUCGUUCAACUUCUGGACGAUAAGCAGCGUCAAAAGACAUGCCAUCACAUUGAUUCACCCGAAUGGCGCACUUGGUCUAAUCCCGAGUUUCUUCUCAGCGACAAGGGCAUUCGGCUCGAUGAGGUCUCUUCUGAACAACGCACUGCGGUCAUGCGGGUUUUAGAACUAACACUUUCCCCUGAAGGAUACCAAAAGGCGUUGGGAGCAAUGCGCAUCAACGGCUUCCUAGGUGAACUUGUCAAGGUCCCGGUCAUCAUGAAUGAGUGGUCCUACAACUUUGUCCUCUUUGGUGAACCUGACACUGAGAAACCUUGGGGCUUCUCAUUCUACGGCCACCAUCUCUGUCUCAACAUUCUGCUCUAUAAAGCCCAGAUUGUCGUCUCACCCUGGUUCACUGGAGCGGAGCCCAAUCUCAUCGACGAAGGUCCAUACAAGGGAACACGUAUCCUACAGACCGAAGAGCGUCUGGGACUGGAAUUGAUGACCGAUCUUUCGGCUGAGAAGAAGGAUAAAGCACAGGUCUUUACGCUCAUGAAAGACCCCAAGAUGCCUGAGGGACGCUGGAAUCACGACGAUCAGAGACACCUUUGCGGCGCCUACCGGGACAAUCGUAUCGUGCCAUACGAGGGAAUUCUAGUCAGCGACAUGACACCAGCGCAGCAGGAUAUUGUCCUGGCCAUCAGCAAGGAGUAUCUUCUCUACCUCCCACAGAAAGCACGUCAGAACCGACUUGACCAGAUCAAGUCAUGGUUCCACGAAACCUACUUCUGCUGGAUUGGAGGCUGGGAAGAACACGAUCCGUUCUACUAUCGAAUCCAAAGCCCCAUCGUCAUCAUUGAAUUUGACCACCACUCGGGGGUUUUCCUCACCAACGAGGAGCCAGCCAAGUUCCACAUCCACACCCUGCUAAGGACGCCGAAUGGAGGUGACUACGGCAUGGCCCUUCGGCCUUUGAUGUCUCAAGUGAAGCAGGAGUUUGUGUGGAAAGGAUAA